AUGGAUCAUAGAGAGCGUGCACGUGCUAGCCAUCAAGAAUGGCGACAAUCGAUGAGUUCUACACAACAUGAAGCCUAUUUGGCACGGCGGCGAGCUCAUGCUAGGGGAAAGCGACUAGCCGUGGAAAAUAUAAGUGACCAUGGACAAGAGGCGGGCCCAAGUAAUAGGAAUAGGCUAGCUCCAGGGGAAAACAAUGCAGGUAACGUCGGUCAUAGGACAAUUCUGCCAUCAUCAUUUGUUGGAAGACCACGUGAUAUGUACCAACGGUACCAAGAUGUGAUGGCUUUGGUUCAAAAGUAUGGCAGACCAGAUUUGUUUAUCACUAUGACGUGUAACCCGAAUUGGGAAGAAAUUAAAAGUGAGCUACUCCCUGGACAAACAUCACAAGAUCGUCCAGAUUUAGAGGUCAGGGUAUUUCGUUCGAAACUUGAGCAACUAAAAGAAGACAUCAUCACCAAAGGGGUAUUGGGAAGAGUUAUUGCUCAUGCUUUUGUUGUUGAAUUUCAGAAACGGGGCCUACCACAUGUACACAUGCUGGUCAUGUUGGAUGAAAAUGAUAAGCUUAAUAACCCUGAAGAUUAUGACCUCAUUGUUAGAGCAGAAAUACCAGAUAAAGAUGAAGAGCCUCAACUUUAUGAUCUGGUGUUAAAACAUAUGAUUCACAGUCCAUGUGGAACCUUAAACCAACAGUCUUCAUGUAUGAAGAAUGGGAGAUGCAAUAAAAGUUAUCCAAAAUUAUUUGCAAAUUUCACUGUGCAAGGAAACGAUGCAUAUCCUAUAUAUCGAAGAAGAGCAAGUCGCUUACCAGUCCCUCUACGUAGAUCUGGAGACACAAUGGUGGAUAAUAGUUGGGUUGUUCCUUAUAACCCGUGGUUGUUGCUACGGUAUGAUUGUCACAUCAAUGUUGAAAUAUGUGGGGGCAUAAAGAGUGUCAAAUACUUAUAUAAGUAUGUCUACAAAGGUCCUGAUAGAGUUGCAGUUCAAGUGCAAUCUGACCCGGAGUUCAAUGAAAUAAGACAAUUUGUCGAUGCAAGGUGGGUUUGUGCACCAGAGGCUUUAUGGAGGAUAUUUAAAUUUGUAAUGAACAGAAUAUAUUCAACAGUCGACAGAUUACAAAUACAUCUUCCAAACAUGCAACAAAUCAGAUUCGAUGCAAAUGAGACUGUAGAAGACAUUCUAGCAGAUGAGCAUGCACAGAAGUCUAUGCUUAUUGAAUAUUUCACCAUGAACCGUAUGGAUCCGGAAGCAAGACGAUAUCUGUAUCGAGAAUUCCCUCAAUACUAUAGGUGGGAUAGUAAGCAAAAAGCUUGGGUGAAAAGAAGGAACAACUACAAGGUAAUUGGAAGAAUAUACAGUGUUUCACCCUCUGAAGGAAGCGGCAGAGAAACGAGGUUUGCUGGAAGAUGA